UGAAUCAUUUAUUAUCUUAAACUGAAAAUGCCAAAAGAGGACUGCAAAUACGGAGAAAAGUGCUAUCAACGAAAUGCUGCCCAUCUCGCCAAGUACAACCACCCAGCCAAAACAGAUGACGGGCAGGACAAAGCAGAAGUAGUAAAACUGGCGCCAAAAAGAAAGGAAGCGUUCUGCGGGGAGGAAAAGGCUGUCGCGCCCAACACAAGCAAUUCCAGUGGAGAGAGCCAGAAUAUGGAAAAGAGUCAUGGGGAAGCGAAAGGCACCUUCGAGUCGGAGACAGCCGAAUUGCACAGGGAGGCUAUGAGCAACAUAUCUGGAAAAAAUUACAUGGAAAUCCUUGAGAAGCGCAUCCGAUUGUCAGUGCAGCAGGAGUACGAUACCCUGUGUGAGUCCAACGAGUUCAUUAGGCACAAAUUCCUCGUCGAAAUGCCGCCUGACUUCUACGAAUUCUGGAAGUUCAUCAAUACCCUGACAGAAGACUCCUCGAAGUCCAAUCGCGCUGCCGUCGAACACCUCGAGACUGUGUUUCAGUUGCAGCUGGUGGGCCCGUUUGAGUUUCUGUCGGGCACCUUUCAUCGGGCCAAGAUGGGCGAGCCCGGAGAUUACCUAAGGCAUUGGCGCUUUUACUAUGAUCCACCCGAGUUCCAGACGGUUUUUGUGCGGAGGGGAACUGGCGUUCACUACGGCUAUUGGAGGGACGUGCCGCAGGAUAAGGAAAACUUAUUGAUUGCCCGCAACGACAUGGCCAAUGGCUGCGAGUUUCAGUUUGUGUCUGGAAACAUAUUCGAUGCUUUCCUUUACUAUCUGGAGCACGACUUUGUCGGCACGCCUUUUACGACCGGUAAAGUGACCGCCACCAAAAAGGCAGUACAAAAGUAUUUGGCGGAAAACUCAUUGGAGCUGGCGCAGCUAGAUCGAUUGCAACGAGAGCGCAACAAACGCGUCGUCGCCAAGGCGUUCCACCGAGGUGGCAUCGUGGUGCCCUUCGAUCGCAAGACGCAGCUGGGCUACCGUCCUCUCUCUGUUAGCGACGCCGAGCUCAAGAAGAUGUUGGCACUAUUUGAGCGCAAAGAUCUCGGCGAUGGCCUUGCCAAGCAAGCUGUGCUGGAGAAGCUGCAGCCGGUGGCCAACGCUGCUAUUAUCGCUGUGGACGAGUGCGAUUUUGGUAGUGCCCUGGAGCUGGGCAUCGACUUGUUCAGCAGCGGCCACAAAGAACUGCAUAUGCUUGCAUCUUCGCUGAUAGUGCCUGCCUAUUCGAUGCUCCAGCGCCCGCAAUUCAUUGCCAUCGCCAAGGCUCACAUGGAGAGCCGUAGCCGGGACUUGAACUUGAGCAUGUUUGAUGUAUUGAAAUAAAUCAGGUCCAUCAUUGUAUAUUAUUGUGAAAUGUUGCUACCAAAACCGCAUUAAAAAUAAAAAUCUGCACCGCAA